AUGAAUUAUAUCCAUUCAUCACGUUUUAUAUUCGAUAUAGUAUCUUUAACACCAUUAGAUUUACUUCAAAUAAAAUUUGGUUCAAUACCAAUUCUUCGUUUUCCACGUUUUUUAAAAGUUUAUCGAACAUUUCAACUUUAUUAUUUACAAGAAUCACGAACUAUUUAUCCGAAUACUUACCGUGUUCUAAAUCUUUUUCAUAUACUUCUUCUAUUGGGACAUUGGUUGGCAUCAUUUUAUUUUAUGGUAUCAAAAGCUGAAGGUUUUGUUGGUUAUUGGUCAUAUCCAAAACCUGUUGGAAAUUUUUCACAAUUAGCAAAAAUGUAUCUUCGUUGUUUGUAUUGGUCAACAUUGACAUUAACAACAAUUGGAGAUUUACCACCACCGGAAACAAAUUGGCAGUGA